AUGUUAUUAUAUAUAGUAUUGACAAUUGCAUUAAAUAAUGUUUUAAUCGUAAAUUGCAAUUGCUUGAACAAUAGAACAAAUUCGUUAAAUGAAAGUUUAUCAAAUUUUACUUACACAUGGAUAAAUGAAACUCAUGCUAAUUUUGUAGAUUCUACAUCUAAUAACAAAGAAGUAGAUUGUUUUGGUUUAGGAAAAACAGUUGCUACUGCUUUAUCAUGGUUUUUUUCUGAUAAAGCUACUGGAUCAAAGAUGUUAGAUGUUCAAUUUCUUUUAUCUUCGAGAAAUCAGCCAAACAGAGUACAAGUGUAUAUUGGUAAACAGUUUGGUUUAGAAUGGACAGAUUUUAAAAUAGAACGUAAAACUAUUAUAAUAGUACAUGGAUUUUUAUCUCACAGCAAUGAGAAAUGGAUCAGUGAAAUGGAAAAGGCAUUUCUUAAAUGGAAUGAUGUUAAUGUAAUAGUCGUGGAUUGGAGUGCAGGAGGUAAUACAUGGAAUUAUUAUAAAGCUGCCAUUAAUACUAGAACAGUUGGAUAUCAAAUUUCAAGAUUUUUAGAACAUAUUACAAAUGCAACAACAGUUGCAUCUGAUUGGGGUACUAUACAUUUAAUUGGCCAUAGUCUUGGAGCACAUAUUUGUGGCUUUGCUGCAAAAGAAUUUAAGAAAAGACAAAGUAAUUGGAUCAUACAUAGAAUUACUGGUCUAGAUCCAGCACAACCAUGUUUCAGAAAUACAGAUUCUUCCAUUCAUUUAGAUAAAACAGAUGCACCAUUUGUUGAUAUAAUUCAUACUAAUGGAAAAUUGCACUCUAAUCUUGGCUUAGGUUUACCAGAGCCUAUUGGUCAUGUAGAUUUCUAUCCUAAUGGUGGACAAAGUCAACCAGGUUGUUUUGAAUCCAACAGAACAUACUUUGGCUAUUUACCUAUUCCUCAAACAUUUAUUCAACAAGCGAUAUGCAGUCACGGUCGUUCUUAUAUAUAUCUUACUGAAUCUCUGUUAUUAACUUCUACGAAUAAUUGUAGUUUCUGGUCACAUUAUUGGGAUUUGACAUAUAGAAAUAUAAAACAAAUAAUAUCUAAACCAUGUAACAAAGAUGUUUGCAUUGAAAUGGGAAUUAAAGCAGAGAAUUAUCCUCAUCGUGGAACUUUUUUUUUAGUUACUUCAGAUAGUUCACCAUAUUGUGUUAAUGAAACAGAAUUAUCAAAAGAAGUUAAGAAACAGUUGAAAAUCGAUUAUAUUGAUGAACUUGAGGAUUAAAAGAGAGAGAGAGAAAGAGAAAUACAUAAUUUUAUUAUAUAUGUUAUGGGCAGGGUCCAUAAUACGGGCGGGCAUCAUGAAUAAUGACAAACAAUGGAAAGGUCAUAACAUAUAUACAGAUAUUAUUUUCGUAAAUAAAUGCAUUUUUUAUCUUAAAAAUUCUAUUUAUAUAUAGCGUUCAUACUUGUACGUAUCGCAUUUAAAUUAUAUUUUGACUAAUAUUUACAAUUGGCAACAUUUAUAUUACUUUAUAUACAAUUUCUAAUGACAAAGGAUUUAACCAGUUAGCUCAUAGUGCUAUAAAAUCAUUCAAAUUAUAUUGCGAUAAAUGUAAAGAAAACAAAUUGCAUAAGGACACUAAGAAUUGUUACUGCACAAGUACCUGUUAUAUUCUUAUAACAUGGUUGGUAACAUUAAUAUAAUUUUACAUUUUGAGCUAAUUAUGGUUUAAUCACGUAUUUUGUGCGUUUAUAUCGCCGUUUUAAUUUUUAAUCAUUGGCACUUUGUUCCUUGGUAUUUGAUAAAUAAAAAUCAUCAAAAUACA